CCAAGGUAGGAAACUUGCCUGCCAACACUCUGAAAUUGGCGUCGUAGACAUUUUCUAUAUCUUGGCGCAAUCAUCCGUCCUCAGCUGUGCAGUUCCAAGCAGAUAUCUCUCUCAUCUCUCCAAGCUCACAACAUCACAUUCGCUAUAAAAAGGGCCAGUAAUUCAUAUCUUAAACCUCAUUACACUUACCUCUACAGCUCGCAAAGAUGCACAUCACGACCACCGCAAUCCUAUCGACCCUUUUCCUGGCCAACUUCGGCCUGGCCGUCGACUGCCAAAACAGGUCAUACACAACCUGCGGCGACAACAAGACCGUCCAGUAUUACGACCUCGACACCGGCGAGCUGUGCCCUAUGCUCGACUGCGGUGGCGGCCGGGCGCCCCCCAAGACCAACGAGCCGUGCUGUCCCGCAUACAAGGGCACCGAGGCUUGCGUAACAACCAAGGGGACGCUGGCCUGCUUCAAGGACAAAAUGAAGUCGACUUCAACCGACGCCUCGCAUACCAGCACGAGUGCUGCGACCAAGACGACCGAAGACAGUCGGUCCAGCACCGCCAAGACAGGGUCCGAGUCCGGCCCGUCCGCGGCGACGCGGACAGGAACCUCGACAAAGACGGACUCUGCGAAGGCUGACCAGAUCACGGCGGCGCCAACGCGAAGCGAUGCGUCGAGUGGGUCUGCCGCGGCGGCAACUACGACGCCGGUCAAGGGGGCGGCAGCAGGCCAAUUGGCUCAGGCUGUGAAGGCUGUUGUGGGUGUGGCUGCUGUCGGCGCUGUUCUGGUGGUUUGAUGUUUGUAAUCUUUUGUUAGUGACGAGCAGAGGAACAUUUGCAGGGUCUUAUGGCACCGGGGAAGUAAUGGCCGUUAGUCCUGCAGUAUACGAAAAUUCAUCAGGGAAGAGAUGCGAGAACUCAAAAAUGGCGCAAGGCUUUCAAGCCGGAAAAGGCUCGGAUAAUGUAAUAUCAGGAAGAUCAUAAGGCGCAAAGUAAUU